CGAAUGAAUGAGACUCCUCCCCUCCCCAUCAUAAAGAGCCGCAGCAGUGAUACACUGAUACACGCUUGGAUAUCUGAAGUCGCCGCAUCCGUCACGCUCCACAGGAGUCUACUGUAACGUCAGAGCCAAGAUGGGGCGGAAGGAGAUCAUCUGCAGCUGGAAGAAAAACGUCAGUAACAUAAAGGAUGUGUUCGAUUUCAAAGGAAAAAUGGGAUCAGGGGCGUUCUCAGAGGUUUAUAUGGUGAGCGAGAAAAAAACGGGACACCUUUAUGCCCUGAAAUGUCUAAAGAAGAAACACCUUGCUCACAGCAAUCUGGAAAAUGAAAUCAAUGUACUGAAAAGGAUAAAACAUGAGAACGUUGUGGGAUUGGAGGACUUCUAUGAAAGCCGAACACAUUACUACAUUGUCAUGCAACUGGUGUCAGGUGGUGAACUGUUUGAUCGCAUUUUGGACAAAGGGGUUUACACUGAAAAAGAUGCCAGCAAAGUUAUCAAACAGGUGUUGGAGGCUGUCAGCUAUCUUCAUGAAAACAGCAUUGUGCACAGAGAUUUAAAGCCUGAAAACCUGUUGUACUAUAAUAUGGAUGAGAAUGCUAAGAUCAUGGUUACUGACUUUGGUCUGUCUAAGGCUCUUGAACAUGGAGUGAUGUCUACAACUUGUGGUACUCCAGGGUAUGUUGCUCCUGAGGUUUUGGCUCAGAAACCCUACAGCAAAGCAGUGGACUGCUGGUCCAUUGGAGUUAUCACAUACAUCCUGCUCUGUGGCUACCCUCCAUUCUUUGAAGAGAACGAGACUCGUCUGUUUUCAAAGAUUAUGAGGGCUGAGUAUGCCUUCCAUUCACCUUUCUGGGAUGAGAUCUCUGAGUCAGCCAAAGACUUCAUUCGGAAUAUGAUGGAAAAAACCCCAACUAAACGCCUUACAACUAAACAGGCACUCCGACAUCCCUGGAUUGCUGAAAACACAGCUAAAGAGCUGGAUAUUUAUCACUCUGUCUGUGAACAGAUGGGAAUAAACUUUGCCAAAUCCAAAUGGAAGCAAGCCUUCAAUGCAGCCUCAGUAAUCCAACACAUGAGGAAACUGCAGCUAACCCACAGUGAGCCCUACCCUUCACCCCUUUCUCUUCCCAACAUCAGAAUGGAGUCUUCCACUCAGACUGACUCAGAGUUGCUGAAACCCUGCUGUGACAAGGAUGACCCCCUUGAUCCUAAUGGGAACCCUAUUGUGAUGGCUAAUCAUCUAUCACGCAUUAAUACACAGUCAGGCAGAGGGUUCUGUCCAUCCCUUAGAUCCAGUCACAGCGAACCUGGCAGCACAACCACUGCAGAUCCAACAGCUGACGUCCAUAGCUUCCAUUCAGAAGGGGACACUCAUUUCAGGACAUCUCAGAGGGAUCUUUUACUGAAUUCCAGCUUAGAUGCUGUGGCUCAGAGGAAGGAUCAGCCACUUCAGUCAGGAGUUUGCACAAUCAUGUGAUGAACAGAAUCACCUAAGAUGGAGUUUGUUGGAGUCCAUGAGCCCCACCGGCAUCCUCCUUGCACACCUGCUACUAAACUUCGUCAUGCAUUUUGCUGCAGAUAACAUGCCUAUUUAGGUUUAUUCUGUAACUACAGAUUCAGAGACACUGUGCAGCCAAAGGACUCUCUACACAUAUAAAAUCGUCACAGCAUAAAUUCAUAUUUCUGAAAAUAGACAUUGGAAAAAAACAUAUUGUAUACUGAUAAUGAAUGCAAAUACAGUAUAUAAAAAAACUCUAGAAAUGUUUAAAUGUUUUUUUUUUAUGUAGACAUACUGUAGAGAUUUAAGUAGUAUACAUCUGACAUUUAUAUACCAUUCAUGCUUGAAUUUGGUUGGAGUUGAAUGUGAAUUACUCAGAAUUCCAAUUAGCUAUUAACUUGUGAUUUGUAUUUUGUUUGUUGCUAUUGAACACAACUCAAUGUUUUUGUAUACUUUAUCUAUCUAUUCUAUUUCUGGUAUUGCCAGGAGCCCAAAGAAUGCCAGUGUAGAGUUCAGAAAUGUAUUUGUUUUUUGUUUAAGGGCCUUCAGCUGAUAUAACCACUUUUUUGUUUAUUCCUAUAUGUCAGUACACACAGUUUGACUUCAUUAUUUUACCUAUGUAUAAGAAUGAACUGAUGGCAAAUUACCAAAGCUGAGACUGAUUUGUGAGUGAAAAAAAAUGAUAAUUAAACCCAAAUUUUGUCACAGUAUCACUGAAUCACAUCA